AAAAAAAAUCAGUUGUCAUUCCAUUGAAGUAAAUGGUUUAUAUUCGAUUGUUUAUUAUAUUUUGUCUAAUUUAAAUAAAUAAUACAAUUGAUGCAAUACUGUAGAUAUUUAAACGACGAAAGAAUCUAAAUAUUCAAGAUGAACGUUAUACAGGCAGUGAAGAUGUACAUAACUAAAAUGACGGAGGAGAGUGGUCCAGGAAUGAAAGUCAUACUUAUGGAUAAAGAAACAACCAGCAUUGUGAGUAUGGUAUUCAGCCAGUCUGAGAUACUUCAGAAGGAAGUGUACCUGUUUGAAAGAAUUGAUAGCCAUUCUAAAUGGGAUAAUCUUAAGCACAUGAAGUGUAUUGCAUUCCUGCGACCAACGUCUGAGAACAUUGCUCUGUUAUCCCGUGAACUUAGGUAUCCUAAGUACGGAGUAUACUUUAUAUAUUUCAGCAACGUGAUUUCUAAAGCGGAUGUGAAGACACUAGCAGAGUGUGAUGAGCAGGAGGCAGUGAGAGAAGUGCAGGAAGUGUUUGCAGACUAUCUCGCAGUGGAUAGACAUUUGUUUUCAUUCAACAUUACCGGCUGUUUGCGUGGCCGCACGUGGGGCCAGCAGGAGCUGCAGCGCUGCGCUGCAGGCUUGGCUGGCGCAGUGCUGUCGCUGCGGCGGCGGCCGGCGCUGCGCUACGAGGCGGCGUCGGAGGCGUGCGCGCGCCUGGCCGAGCGCGUGCGCCAGCUGCUGCGGCGCGACGCCGCGCUGCUCGGCGCCGCCGGGGACCUGCCCGCGCCGCAGCUGCUCCUCGUCGACAGGAGGGACGACCCCGUCACUCCGCUGCUCAACCAGUGGACGUACCAGGCCAUGGUGCACGAGUUGCUUACAAUCAACAACAACCGCGUGAGCCUGGCACACGUGCCCGACGUGCCUGCCGACUUCAAGGAGGUCGUACUCUCGUCUGAACAGGACGAGUUUUAUGCUAAGAAUCUGUACUCCAACUUUGGUGAGAUCGGUCAGACAAUGAAGUCGCUGAUGGAGGAGUUCCAGAAGAAGGCCAAGAGUCACCAGAAGGUGGAGAGCAUAGCCGACAUGAAGAACUUUGUGGAAACCUAUCCUCUGUUCAAAAAAAUGUCCGGCACGGUGACGAAGCAUGUGACGGUGGUGGGCGAGCUGUCGUCCGCCGUGGGCGCGUACCACCUCCUCGAGGUCUCCGAGCUGGAGCAGGAGAUCGCCUGCCAGAGCGACCACUCCAAACACUUGCAGCGUCUAAAGUCGUUGAUCUCCAACGAGUCCAUUCGCCACCACGACGCUGCGAAAUUGGUGGCGUUGUACGCCCUGCGAUACGAGAAGCACGCCAACAACGCGCUGCCAGCGCUGAUGGAAGCCCUCAAGAACCGAGGGUGUCCGGAGCACCUAGUGAAGGCGGUGGUGAACGUGCUCGAGUAUGGCGGGGCUCACGCCAGGCAGAGCGACCUGUUCGGGCUGCAGGACGCGGCCAAGAUCACCAAGAGGCUGUUCAAAGGUCUGAACGGCGUGGAGAAUAUAUACACACAGCACACUCCGCUACUCAAAGACACGCUUGAAGACCUCAUAAAGGGAAAACUAAGAGAGAACCUCUACCCGACCCUGGGUGGAGACGAUAUCGGCUACGGCAGGCGGCCACAGGACAUCAUCGUGUUUAUAGUAGGUGGCGCCACCUACGAAGAGGCGCUGUGCGUUCACCAGAUCAACCAAGCGUACCCUGGAGUCAGAGUGGUGCUUGGCGGGACCACGAUCCACAAUUCCACGUCGUUUCUUGAAGAAGUGAAAGCAGCGAUGCAGGGUGUACAUAGAACGCAUACCAGACAUAUUAAAAAUGUUUAAGUAUUUAUUGAUUAGCAGUAUUUAGUUAUACGUUUAUCCAGCGACGUCCAGUUUUGCGGUCAUCUGGAAGAAAAAGCUAAGAUGGCCUCCAAAUGUUAGGAGGGCUUAAUAGAGUGAGACGGUAUUUCACACCAGGACGUCUCUUGCAAUUGUAUAAAGCUCAAGUCUGGCCAUAUAUGGAAUACUGUUCUCAUUUGUUUUUUCAACUUAGAAUGGCAAACAAGCUGACACCCCACCUGAUGGAGUAGUACCAUGAACAUAACAGAGUGUACUGUUUCGCCCAUGAUACCCCCUAUACGCUGCCAUUCCUGAGGACUAAGGUGUUAUUCCUCUGUACCCUGUAAAUACACUUAUGGGUGGGAGCGUCACAGUACCAGCUUCUUCCAUUGGACCAAAUUCAAAGUUUAACAGAAAAGCAAAAAUCCUACAUUUUUUAAAAUUGUCCGCAAAAAGUAUUACACUAUGUCGAGUGACACUCGACAGUGGAGCUGGUGGAACAAAAUCAAUGUCGAGUGACACUCGACAUUGGAGUGGAAAGGAUUAAAAUAUUUGUUUCACAAAUCGAAACCAAAUAUUACUUUUACCCUAUCACAAAGUUGUCACAUGGUUUUUCACUACAUUUUGCCAUGAUCACGGCAAAUGAAGAAAGAAGAAGAAAGAAAUAAUUUAAUCAAAAGAAACAUGCGGCCCACACAGUAGCGCACAAAACAAAACAAAAGAAAUCAAAAACAAAACAAACAAAAGAAAAUAAUAAUUAUAUACAAAUAGAUAGCAAUUAAAUUAUAAUGUACGCGUGCGCGCGUGUGUGUCGCAAUGUUCUGUGAUGUAGGUCCGUGCUCAGCAUAUUGCUGCAGCGCUGUUUUUCAGCAAGAACCAUAGCGUCACAAGUAAAAAACAGUUAUAUAAGUAGUGCGUUGGUAUUCUAUACAUAUACAAAUCUACAUUAUACACAUACACGUACAUACACAGUCACAUACACAUACAUAUAUAUAUAUAUAUAUAUAUACAUACACAUACAUACACAUAUAUAUACACAUAUACACAUACAUACACAUUCACACACAUAUACAGAAUAAAGAAAAAUGAGAUGGCAAUAUAUAGUGUUCUAUCACCUAACCUAGCCAUACUAUUACUGUUCAAUCAGAUCAGCGACGCGGGAGGCUGUGUUCAUGCAUUGAGUGCAAAAAAAAAACUCAAUUUAACAAUGAAAUGAAUGAAUCAUUCUUUCAGUUCUUAUUCUAUUCUCUACCUUCUCUGUUUUGCUAUCUCUCUCUCUAUAUACAUAUUUUACCAGUACCAAAACUGUCCUAAAAAUUACCCAAAUUUAUUUCACUUUUCUCCAAAAAUUUUCUAACAAUAAGAAUUUCAUUUUUCUAAAAUAUCGUCAAUAGAAAAGCUUUUUAAUUACAAUUGCUAAAAACAAUAUCCAUUCUGGCAACACUGGUGCUAUAUAUCAACGUAAGGCCCUUUACACACGAGUCAUGAACUCAUCGCGUCGCAGACUUUGCAAAGCAACAGAAGCAUCGUGUGUGAACGCACCGGUAACGUAUGAGUUAUGAUGUACAAUAUAAAAAAAAAACCUUCCAACUUAUGUUUGUCCAGUUUGUGUGUUACAUUGUUCCACGUAUUGUUAAUAAUUUAGAUUCGCGUUUCAUACGAAGUAUCGCACAGUUCAAUAUGAAAUAUAAAUUUAAAAAGUAUUUUGUUAAUAACCUGAAGUAUUUCAUUUCAUGUAAUGUUCAGAAAGGAGAUUCAAUUCGGUUGGUAUUUGUGCUCGAUACCUUUUACUCGCGGAGUAAAAGGUAACAGUAACAUAAAAUGCCAUCGAAUUUAGAACCUAUUUCUUUUUUAAGUCGGUUGAACAUUGAGUUUGCGCACAAGUAUGAUUAUGCGAAAUUUUUUUUAAUGUCAAAUGAUUUUUCAUCACUUUAUGCAUCACAGUUAUUACAUGCAUAAAAAAAAAACCAAAUGUUGAAUUAUGUUCAAUAAUGCAUCACUGUAAUAUAUUAUUCAUUUUCACUGUGAUCUUUAAAUGUAGUUUUUUUUUUAUUAUAUAAUUUUUAGCACUACCCUCAAAUAAGUUAUUAUGUAUUAUUUAAGACAUUCCUAAUUUAUGUAAUAAACUUGUUAACCUA